GAUGAACUUUAAAAUAUAUGAAAUUCUUCUUUUUAUUUGCAUACUAAACGAAUUAUCUGAAUGCAUGAACGAGGAUAGUUUUGGAUAUACAAGUAAACACGAAGGAAAACCGUCUAAACGUAUGGGAUUUUUAAAAGCUAAAAGUUGUGAGGAAAGGAAAAAGCAUAAGAAGGGUUGUCAGGAGCUUCUAAACAUUCAAAAUGAAGGCAUUAACAAAGGUACCGUUAUAGAAGGUAUACAUCUUAUUUUAUGA